GGGCAGUAGUGAGAUCCGAGUUUCGGUCAUAUAUGUGAAUCCUGACGUUAAAUCCUAAUGUAGAAAAAGUUGUUACAACGUCCUGCUUUACUGGCUGUUACUUAUUUUCCGUUAAGGAGUUCUCUGUUUUAAACCUGUUCUUGAAAAUGGAAGUAACUGCAAAUCUAAAUUUGGUCCUACUGGGAAAUAUAGGAGCUGGAAAAAGUGAAUCAGGAAACACAAUACUGGGACGACAAGCUUUUAAAUCAAGGACAAGUUUCUCUUCAGUCACACAAGAUGUUGCUGUUGAAUCUGAAACUGUCUGUGGGUUUCCAGUCACUGUUUAUGACACACCAGGAUUCUGUGACGCAGACAUGAGUGUAGAAAAGAUUCGGCAGGUAACUGAGAAGGUUCUGCAGAGAUGUGAAUCAGGCCUGUGUGCAUAUCUGCUGGUUGUCAAAGCUGACAGAUUCACUGAAAACAAAAGAAGAACUGUGGAGAUGAUUGAGAAGCUACUGGGGGAAAAACGCUUGCAGAAAACCUGGAUUCUCUUCACCGGAGGAGAUGAACUGGAAGACAUGACCAUAGAAGAAUUCAUCAAUGAGACUGAAUCGUUGAAGAAACUCGUUCAGAAAUAUGACCAGAGAUACCAUGUGUUUAACAACAAGAGGAGAGAACAUACUGGACAAGUUCAAGAGCUGUUUAUAACAAUACAUAAGGCAUUUAGACACACAAUAAAAAACACUUAUGGUUUGGACACAGUAGUGCCAAAUAAUCCUCAGCUAAGAAUCCCCAUCAACAUUCAUGAUAUUCCUGUCGCCGAUCGUUUAUCCAGACGGAUUGUUCUUCUGGGUAAAACUGGUGUUGGGAAGAGUGCAGCUGGAAACACAAUACUGGGACAGAAGGUGUUCAGAUCUGUUAUUUGAAUGAUCGCAGUAACCAGUGAAUGUUCAGAGAAGCACGGCAUUGUUUCAGGCAGAUCUGUGUCUGUAGUUGAUACUCCUGGAUUCUUUGACACACAGAUGAAACCUGAUGAGUUAAUAACAGAGAUAGGCAGAAGUGUUUAUUUAUCCAGUCCAGGACCGCACGCUUUUCUCAUUGUGUUUAGAGUAGGUGACCUAUUCACGGAACAGGAGCAGGAGAUUCCUCAGAAAAUUGAGACGUUGUUUGGUCAGGAGGUGUUAAAAUACUCCAUCAUUCUCUUCACUCGUGGAGAUGAGCUAGAAGACGAGACCGUAGAGGAGCUCAUUGAGGAGAACGGAGAUUUAAGACGUCUAGUUGAUCAGUGUGGAGGCAGAUAUCACGUCUUCAACAAUAAAGAUAAAAAUAACAGAGAGCAGGUGAAUGAUCUACUGCAAAAGAUUGAUGCAAUGAUAGAGCAGAAUGGAGGAGGACACUACAGUAAUCAGAUGUAUGAAGAUGCUCAGAGACUCAGGCGAGAGGAAGAAGAGAGGAUGAUAAGGUUGAGAGAGGACACAAUAGAGAGAAUGAUAAUGAAAUUGGAGAGAGUGAGAAGGGAGAGAGCAAUAGAAAUACAAGAGCAAAGGCUAGCAGACGUAGAAAGCAGUGGAUUAAGAAGGUUUUUGCCUAGGGGUAGUAUUUUGCAUCGUUUAAUCACUGCUGGAGCUUUAGUUGUUGCUGCACCUGUUGCUGUUGCUGUUGCUGUUGUUGCUGCACCUGUAGUUGCUGUUGGUGCUGUUGGUGCUGCUGUUGGUGCUGCUGCUGUUGGUGCUGCUGCUGUUGGUGCUGCUGCUGCUGAUAAAAUACAGAGAGUGGAAAAUGAGAGAAGAAAACUGAAGGAAAUGAAACAGGAGCUUGAGAGAGUAAGAACAAAUAGGAGUUAGGUCAACAGAAGAAUAAAGAGAAGGAUUAAGAAUUGGAGAAGCCGGCAGUAACAGUCCUGCCGCAUGCUUUAUUCAACGGCUACUAAUAUCAGCCUGAAAAAGGCUGAAAAACUCUCUGCUUAAGAUGGCAUUAAUAUGGCUGAUCAGCAUCAUCCUCACUGCUGUGCUCCAGCUGGAAAACUGAAGAACAGUCCAGCAUGUAAAAGAGUCAGAACACCUGCAAACAAACAUUUCCACAUCCUGCUGAUGAGGCGACACUGGAUCAGAGACCAAAAGACAGAGAAGAACACAUUUAAACUGUUUAUCAGUGUUCCUGGAGGCGUGAUUAUGAGUAUAACUCUAGUACACAGCGGGUGAGAGAGGAAAACAGACAUGCAGCUCAAGCUGAAAUAAGAUAGACUCAACACUGUGAGAUCUUGAGGACACAAGACAAGACUUUAUUGUCUUUUCCUUGAGCAAUUGUGCUAUCUCUCCCUUUGCGCCAUCUUGGGGUGAUUUCACAAAUUAUUGUUACCAUUAUUUUUGUAAUUUUGUAUUUAAUUUGAGAAAACUGAAAAAAAUGCUGUAUUAAAUAUGUAUUAUACAGUAAUGUUCUAUAAACUGUAUCUAGAAUAACUAUAAAUUGUCAUUAAAAUCUUAAUUUGUAAUCUUGUACCUGGUUUUGGAAAAUGUUACAAAAACAGCUGCUUUGAAUGAGGUUUGAGUGGUUUGAGAGAUGGCAAGUGUUACAUAGUUAAACGGUGCAUAGCUGGUGUGUGGAUGGUAAACAGUAUUCUGAUUGAAGAAACUGGAUUUUGAAUUGCAUUAAAACUUGUAGCCAUAAAUGAAACCAAUUCUUUCUAAACAAAAACGUCUAGCUGUGCCUGAGCCACAGUUACAGUAGAAAACAUAAGGAAAGAGUGUUCUGAUCAUGAGAUCAUUAGUUUGCAACUGAAUUGUUAAAUGAUCUUCAGACAUUUCAGCUUUUUUUUUUGUCUAAAGCAAAAAUACCUGGCACCUGGAACAUAAGAGUGGGCAAUUCUCUUUUUUUUUUUUACAAUUCUCUGUCCAUUACAAAACAAGAAAAGUAAAACUGGAUGAAAAUGGUGAUGUUUAAGUAAUAUGUUCCGGCUUUCUAUGACCUUAAAAAAACUAAAUACAGUAUUGAUCUGAAAAAGAACACUAAAUCUUGCGAAAAUCUGAACAUGUUUUACAGUACGUGUUCAAAAGAGUAAAGAGUCACAACUAGAGUUUGUUAUAUGGUUUAUUGAUAUGGCUGAAUAACAUAUAAGGUCUCAGAAAAUGUCUGUGACAAAAACAGAUAAUGAGGAAUGUUGAAGAAUAUAUUAUGUUUGAUUUAUAGCAAUAAAGAUUACAUGAUAACUUAAAAGAAACAUUUAGGAGCGCUGCUUGUUGAAAGGACCUCCAUUUUAUUGUCCCAGAAGGUGCUCUUUGGUUGGGUUCAAAAUCAAAACAAAAAAUGCAAAUCCAAGGCACUUCUUCCAGUUCCAAAAUGUUGAAAAGUCCUUAUUCAAACAUGGCUCAUUAUAGAAACAUUAAAAAUGACUAAAACACUGCACACUGAUGCAUUUCUGCCAUGCAGCCUUCCUCAGAGUGUGUCAAGUAAAUUAGUCACAGUUGUAGUUAUAAUCAGUUGCUCUAGAAAAUAGGAGAAACCAAAAUAAUCAUCAUAGGGGGACCAAUAGCAUCAUUAACAAUUACAUACUACAAUCACAUAACAAAAAAAAAUAGAAAAAAAAACCUUGACAAGAAUAAUCAGAAUGAUAAUCAUUUCAUAAAUAUGGAGAUAAAUCCAAUUCCUCAUUCAAACCAGGAAAGAUAGUGGCUUUAAACUGAAAAAUCCCAAAGGCUUCCCUUUGUGAAAGUCUUUGUAAUCUAUCACCCUUUCUGAUCGAUCCAGUUCCAAUUUUCAAACCAAAAAUCUUUGCUCCUAGUGACAAAAUUGCUCCUAGUGACAAAAUU